CAGACACAAGCUAGCAAGAGCAAGCGACACGGGCUGCUUUGAUAAGCCCACUCAGGAGGCAGCGCGUCUGUCUUUUAAGUUCCCCGGGACGACUGGGAUAUGAUUCCUCGUUUUAAUCAGCGUUCCCUUCCUGAGCUAAACUGCAAAAGCAGAGGACUCGAGCAGCGCAUCUCACUCACACAGAGCAGCGCUCGUUGGUUUUGAGUGUUUCUGGACAGGAAAUUGAUCUACAGGGUAACAUUCACACACAAAGAAGGAACAGUAUGGGACGAUGGCUUGUUAGUUCAAGUGACUCUGUUUUGGACAUUACGGACAAGAAACCUUGGAGGAAGAACGGCGUUAAAGAUCAAAAGCAUGACAACUCCUGAUGAAAACGUCCCCAAAUGAUGAACCCACGAGUGAAGAGGAACUUCUACCUGGCGGCCCCUGACUUGCUGGAUCCCAAGUCUGCCGCUCAGAACUCCAAACCGAGGCUAUCCUUCUCCGCAAAACCCACCGUGCUUGCUUCCCGGGUGGAGAGUGACACGGCCAUUAGUGUUAUGAAAUGGAAGACGGUCUCCACGAUUUUCCUGGUGGUCGUCCUCUACCUGAUCAUUGGAGCCACUGUGUUCAAGGCGUUGGAGCAGCCUCAGGAGAUUUCUCAGAGGACCACCAUCGUGAUCCAGAAACAGACCUUCAUAGCCCAGCAUGCCUGCGUCAACUCCACCGAGCUGGACGAGCUCAUCCAGCAAAUAGUGGCAGCAAUAAAUGCAGGGAUUAUCCCCUUAGGAAACAGCUCCAAUCAAGUUAGUCACUGGGACCUCGGAAGCUCUUUCUUCUUUGCUGGUACUGUUAUCACAACCAUAGGAUUUGGAAACAUCUCCCCACGAACUGAAGGUGGAAAAAUAUUCUGUAUCAUCUAUGCCUUGCUGGGAAUUCCCCUCUUUGGCUUUCUGUUGGCCGGGGUUGGCGAUCAGCUUGGGACCAUAUUUGGAAAAGGAAUUGCCAAAGUGGAAGACACAUUUAUUAAAUGGAACGUUAGCCAGACCAAGAUUCGCAUCAUUUCCACCAUCAUCUUCAUCCUGUUUGGCUGCGUCCUCUUUGUGGCCCUUCCCGCAGUCAUCUUCAAGCACAUAGAAGGCUGGAGUGCUCUGGACGCCAUCUACUUUGUGGUUAUCACUCUGACCACCAUCGGAUUCGGGGACUACGUGGCAGGCGGAUCGGACAUUGAGUAUCUGGACUUCUACAAGCCUGUUGUGUGGUUCUGGAUCCUGGUCGGGCUUGCUUACUUUGCUGCGGUUCUGAGCAUGAUUGGAGACUGGCUGCGGGUGAUAUCUAAGAAGACCAAGGAAGAGGUGGGAGAGUUCAGAGCACAUGCUGCUGAAUGGACAGCCAACGUCACAGCCGAGUUCAAAGAAACAAGGAGGCGGCUGAGCGUGGAGAUCUACGACAAGUUCCAGCGUGCCACAUCAGUGAAGCGGAAGCUCUCUGCGGAACUGGCCGGGAACCACAGCCAGGAACUGACUCCUUGUAGGAGGACCCUCUCGGUGAACCACCUGACCAGCGAGAGGGAAGUCUUACCUCCCUUGCUGAAGGCCGAGAGCAUCUAUCUGAAUGGCCUGACCCCUCAGUGUGCCGGCGAAGAGAUAGCUGUCAUUGAGAACAUGAAGUAGCUCUCUUCCGGAAGAGGGUAGCCGUUGGGGAGGGCUUCUCUAGGCUCUUUGUGACUGCUGCCGCCGGUAGCAUUCAAACACUGUGCAUGCUGAGCUCUCAAAGGGAAAGGAGACAGAUGCAGCCUUCGGUCACCUUACACCCAGGGAGUGUGGAGUCCCCAGGCAGCCCUCUCGGGAGGCUUGUGAGCUGUCCUUCUGAGUGGCGAGUGAUGGACGGGCAGUGUCGGAUGCCUUUUCGUGCCCAGACUGUUCCCCUCCCCCUCUUUUCCUAACGUGCCAUAAGGCCUCUGAAGGAAUCGGAAUGCUUUGGUAGUCAUGCAGCUUGGAGGGAUCCGCCCCUGACCUUUUCAGGGUUCCCCUGACCGAGCCUGGAUAUGGACCACUUAGGGAUGACAACAUUUCUUUCUGUAAAUGGCAAGAAAUUCUCAUGCAGCCUUUUACCUAAGAAAUUUUCUGUCAGUGCCUUAACUUUAUGAAGAAGCAGGACCCUCCCUAGUGGGUUUGUGGUUUCCCCUCCCUGCCCCCCCAGGCUGACCUCUGCUGAUUCUUACCCCCCCCUUCAUAUACUGUACCUGGCCGGAAGCAAUGGGUAGCUUGGUGGAAGAAACAGAUGCAGGCCACGGGCACAGAGGCGACACUCAGGAGCUCUGGCGUCACAAGGCACCGCCGAGAAGGGAGGUCAGAGAAGGCCCUCUGAGUAUUUAUUUGACUGGGGUACCAAUGGUACAUCUAUACAUAUGUACAGAGUAAUAAUCACCAGGCCGGUAACAUCGGCUGCUUCUACACAGCCCCUCCCCCCUCUUUCCUGGCAGUAUUUGAAGUUUAUCACUUAUUAAUAACUAGCCAUGUUUUAAGGCAGAAGAAGUGAGCACAUACUUCUGUAAUCCAAGCGGUCUAAUAGGAAGCCAUCUCAACAGUUGGCAUGAAUUCACUCUGGUGAAAAGAAGACAGUGAAGCCACUAUGUGUAUUUGCCAAUAGAUGGCUCACUGCCAGCUUGGAAUAGCCUAGAAGGCUAACACCCUUUUCUUUUCUUGACUGGUUCCUGCCAAAUUGUAGGGUGGGGUGGUGCCCAGGAGGAGGGGGCUACAGCCCCCAGUCACCUAGAGUCCCUCUGCAGAGGUGACUGAUUGUGAGCACAGACUCUGGACUGGGGACCUCUGUGACUUUUGCACAUGGAAUGAUACAGACCACCAACCUACAUCAUCUCUGCCAGUAGAGAAAAUGCUGGGUAGCACAACAUACACCCCCAGAGCUAUUAUUUUUUAGAUAAGAGAAAAGCUAAUAAUCCAUUUAAUUUAAAUGUAUAUCCUAUAAUUCUUUUGGAUGUUUCAAGAUUCAGAAAAAAAUUUCAAUACCUGCAUCUUGUAAACUGCCACCCUUUCCUUUAUUUUCAUACUUACAUCUACUGUACACUGUAUAUAUAACUUUUAAAGUGCAGAAGGAAAAUGAUUCCUCUACAUGUAAUUGCAAAAGUGUGAUUUCUUUUCCUUUUGGAGGAGGGAUGGGCAUAUGUGAACAAGUGGCAUUCAGAUUAAAGUCUUAAGAAAUAAACCCAGGAUCUUUUAAAAAAAUCUUAAAGACAUUCAUAUUUUCCAAAAUUUGAAUUUAAGCUAGAAAUGUAAAUAUCCAGUUAGCUUGCAGAGAGUACUUUUAUAAACCCACAGAAGUUCUAACCAAAUUUUUAGCAAGUCAGGCCCCCUUACAAAGAAAGCUACACCACCUAUUCCUUCAGUAACCAUUCAGAAAGCUGAUAUACAAUGGGAUGCGCCACGUAAAAACUGUGAACCAGACAGACAAAUAAAGUUUGUAAGUAAA